AUGGAAUUGGCGCAGGUUCUAAUGUUUGCUGGCGAUUUCUUGGCUGCACAAAAUGCCCUUUUUGAAUGUCUAUUGCAUAACAAAUCGACUUUGGCUCCUGAUGAUGCUGAACUUCUUGACGCUCGAUUAUGCCAAACGAAGGUGCUGAUUUUUGAAGCCAAAUGUCGGCAGAAAUUUUCAACAAAAACACAUCUCUUGGAUGAGUUUGAUCUUAUUAACGAUCAAAUCCCUGAUAGCUGUCCUUCCCUUAGAGCAUCGAUCUAUUUUGCUAUGGGACAGUUCUUGCUCCAAUCGGGAAACAGCGAGGAAGCAUCCUCCUAUCUUUCACGCGCCAACACCCUCCGCAAAGAUGAAGAUGUUGGAGGAAGUGGGGAAGAAGAGGAGGAGAACGAAGAGGCCACUGAUGAAUUGGAUACGAGACCGCCCAAGGCUAUCUUGAGAGAGUGCAUCGAGCUGGCGCGUUUACGAAACAGCGACCAAGAAAUUGAAAAAGAUCGUGACAAAGAGAAGAACGGCCAUGGGGAAACGAGACUUCACAUUGCUGCACGAAGUAACGAUAUAGCCAUGGUAGAGAAGUUAAUAGCCGCUGUGAGUUACCUUCAAACUGAUUGCUCUACAAACAAGAAGGGCCAAACCGAACUAAUAAUGCAGAUAGGUCAUGAAGCUCUACAGUGUACUAUUUCUUCUUAA